AUGGCGCCUAAGAGAAGAAGAGAUUAUCUUGGGCCUGGCCCUAGGAGGGGCAGGAGAAGGGUCGAAGAGGACCCAAAUUUCCCUUUCCUCGAGGUGGAGCAGCAUCCACCUCUAGAGGAGAACCUAGAACUGACCUCGGAUGAGGAACAGACACCGCCACCGACACCCGUGCCCAGGAGAGGCCAAAGGAAGGUCGAGCCUCAAGUUAUUCUAGAGACUGCUUCUUCGGAUCAGGUACCUGAAGAAGCUCCACUAGCGCCAGUAUCGAUUCUUGUGGUGCCUGCUCAAUCAAUGAUGACCGUUUCAAGGGAUGAGUUUCAGACUUUCAUGAGAACCGCCAUGGAAACUCAGGCACAGAUGACUCAGUUAAUGCAGACACUAGUGAGAAAUCAAGCCACUGUGCAAGGUACGAGAAUCCGGGGGGACAGAACUGUUGAGGACUACGAUCUUGAGUUUAAUAAACUUGCAAGGUUCUGCCCUGAGUAUGUCAGUAAGGAGAAGAUGAAAAUUGAUCAUUUUAUCGCUGGUCUUCGGAUAGAGCUUCAGGGUCAAUGGAAUAUUACAAGCAUCAUAAGAUUACUCUCUAGCCCUAAGAGUGGCAACGUUGAUGCAUAUGCCACGGCAGAUGGCAAAGCGAAAUGUGCCGGAGCUCAUGAAGCCCUAAUGCAGAUUCAAGCUAUGUCGCGUGGAAUGCAAGAAGCCUUGGACGAAGUGUUGUCUCUUUCUUGUAUGAGUGUGUCUGACAAGCACAACAAUUUAGUUCUAUUACCCCAACAACAUAUCCGACUACCUUUGAAGAAGCUGUUCAAAGUUCAAAAAUGGAGAAAUGCAACGGACUUGGAGAUAGAAGUCAUCGAACGAAAUGAGACUUGGGAGUUUACAAAUUUGCCUAAAGGAAUGAAGAAGAUUGGAGUAAAGUGGGUUUUCAAAACCAAACAAAACGAAAAUGGCGAAGUUGACAAGUAUAAGGCUAGGUUGGUAGCUAAAGGUUAUGCACAACAACAUGGUAUAGACUAUACCGAGGUGUUUGCACCUUUGGCUAGGUGGGAUACUAUUCGAAUGACAGUUGCUUUGGCAGCUCGAAAUAGUUGGAACGUGUAUCAGCUUGACGUAAAAAGUGCUUCUUAUAUGGAGAGUUAA